UUUGGAUAAUAUCCUUAAUUUAAGCAGGAGGGUAAGAAGAGCUUCUCUGUGUGUUCACUGUGAAGUCAUAAAUAUCUACAUAUAUAAAUGCGCCACACAACUUUUCUUUACUAGUCUGCAGUGAGAGGUGCUUCUGCAGCCAUGCAUGCAACUCUAACAUCCCCUCACGUUUAUUUAUUGUUUUUAAAUUGCACUUUGGUCACUGUUGGGGACUGAGGGAGUGGGGACAAAGUUCACAGGGCGCAUGUAAGGAGGAGGGGGUGAACAGGAGGAAGGUUAAAAAAGAAAAGAAAAUUGACCUUUGAAAGCAAAACAGCAGGUGGAGAGCUAAAACCAGGCAGCUCAGGACACAUCGGGAGGAAACUCAACACAGGGGAAAUUAAAGUAUCUGUUCUUUUAAGCUGAAGGGAAACUACACAUACAAUGAGGCCCAACGCUGCUUGUGUUUGAGUGUGGAAGUGCACAUGAGAGCAGUGUUUGUUUACGAGGCGGUAUCAGAGCAAUGGAAGAGAGGAUAGAGGAAAGAGCCGGGGCAGCCAAGGCGAAGCCGAGCCGUUUGACCGGCCUGCAGGAGCAGCUGAUCUGGGCCCUGCUGGGAUCUGGGCUGUCCCGGGACGUCCUGCUCCAAGCCAUAGGGGAACUGGAGCGAGACAGGGCGAGCGCUGGCGGCGAGAGGGGAGAGAAGGGGGAUGGAGAGAGCUCCGAGGAAGGAGAAAUGGAUUUUCCACCGCCUAUAUUCCGAGAGCUGGAGAAGCUUUCCCCAGAGGAGGCGACCAAACUGAGGGCUGAAGUUGACCGGCUGCUGCAGGAAGACCCCUGGCACGUUGCAAAAAUUGUGAAAAGCUACAUGCAGCAGCACAACCUUCCUCAGAGGGAGGUGGUGGAGUCCACAGGGCUCAACCAGUCCCAUCUCUCCCAGCACCUCAACAAAGGCACGCCCAUGAAGAACCAGAAGAGAGCCUCUCUGUACACCUGGUACGUCAAGAAGCAAUGCGAGAUCAGCCAGCAAUUUACCAACGCCAGAAACGGCCUUGGGUCUGCGGAGGAGCAAGGAGAGGAGACCAGGAAAGGCCGGAGGAACAGGUUCAAGUGGGGUCCAGCAUCCCUGCAGAUCCUCUUCCACGCCUACGAACGACAGAAGAACCCCAGCAAGGAGGAGAGAGAGGCGUUAGUGGAGGAUUGUAACAGGGCAGAGUGUCAUCAGAGGGGGGUGUCUUCCUCCCAGCUCGCUGGCCUGGGAUCCAACCUGGUUACCGAGGUCCGUGUGUACAACUGGUUCGCCAACCGCCGCAAAGAGGAAGCCUUCCGUCACAAACUGGCUCUCGACACACCUUUUACCAACCAAUCUGGCUCCUCCUCUCACCCACACCACGCACUAAGUCCGGAGCAUGGUGUGAAAUACAGCCAGCAAAUCCUGGGUGACUCCGUGAGCUUAGCCCGAGGGAGCGUAGGGGAGCGAGUGGGACGCCUGGUGGUCAGCCCGAUCCAACUGGAGCCCAGCCACACACUCCUCGAGACACAUAACCCCAAGCUGGUGUCCAGCGGUGGCCCACUGCCCCCAGUAAGCACUCUGACCUCGCUGCACAGCCUGUCUGCAUCCUCUGCUUCCUCACAGGGCCUCAUCAUGGCCUCACUGCCCAGCGUCAUGAGCCUGGGGGAGUCCUCACUUCUCAUUGGUUUAACCUCCACGCAGCCUCAGACCCUCAACAACGUGGGCGGCGGUUUCACCACUCUCCAGCCAAUCUCCUUCCAGCAGCAGCUUCACGGCUCUCCCCAGCAGCCGUUAUCACACCAGCUCCAGAGCCACAUGGGGGCCAGUCCCUUCAUGGCAACCAUGACGCAGCUGCCUUGUCACAUGUACAAGUGUGAUUCGCCCCAGUACCAUCCGUCCAGUCUGCUGUCUCAAGCCAUGGUCAUCACUGACAGCAGCAGCCUGGGGACGCUGACCAGCCUCACUGCCGUCAGACAGAUUCUAACAGAAGAUCCUGAGGAUCAGACGGACCCACCUCUACAAGAAGACUCUCUACACAUGCAGCCGCACACACCUGUGCCAGCUUCCUCCGACAGCCUCGAGCUGUAUCCUGCUUCUCAUACGACAGAAAGCCAUCAGUCUCACCUCCUCUCACCUUCACCAACAGACAUCAGCUCCUACAUCCCUACACAGAUGGUCUCCACUGCACAGUAGAAGUGCUGGGGCCUAACGGUGUGUUCUGGAUGGACGGCUACCUCUGGUGUAAACAUCCAGGGGCCACAGGGACGAUUCUGCUCUGACGUUUCAAAGACUCUCUGAAACUUCGUACCACUGUAACACGAACAAGGAUCCACAUUAGAGAAGAUUCACUUUUGAUACAUCCCCUGAAAAAUCAACACCGAAAUGUAUUUUCAUUCAAAUGUUUAGUAUCAUCAUAAAUUGUACAUUACGUUGAAGCUUGUAAACCGUGUUACCUGCAUUUAUUUUUUUUAUGUCACUGCCACAAAAUGCUUUUUCACACUUCUUUCAUAAGAAAGUAAAGAUUAUUUCAAGAAUAACUCGGAGUAAUGGUAUGAAAAGAUGUUUAAUGAACUUUCACUGUCAAUAUUUCAAGCUUGUGACAAACAUAACAAACAUCCCAAAACAGUUAAAGAUGAAGUCAUGAGGAA